AUGAAGUGGAACACAGGAGUGGCAGAUAACAGUGAAGGCCAGUUUCCGUACAUCGCUUCCCUGCAGCUGGUGCGGGACGGUGUUCGCUUCCACAACUGUGGUGGGUCCAUCAUCACCACAACGGCCAUCCUGUCAGCCGCCCACUGCGUGUUUUCAUCGGGCUACUACUACGCGGUUGCUGGAGACUACGACAUGAGCACAGAUGAAGGCACGGAACAAGAGGUGCUGGUCACGGAACAGAUUCCACAUCCUCAGUUUAAUGGCGCUGCCGGCGUGGGGCCAUACGACGUCUCAGUCUUCAAGCUGCAGUCCGCCCUGACACUGAACUCCAAUGUCCAGACUAUCAGCUUGCCCAGCGCGGGAGCCAUCCCUGAAGGUGGGUCCAUCGGUGUACUUUCUGGAUGGGGCACUACGGAAGACGGGACGCAACCUAACAUUCUCCAGACGGUCGAUCUCACCAUCUACGAUUAUGAAACUUGUAAGGCGCACAUGGAUGAACUGGAUCCCACUUUCAAUCCUCUCACAGAGACGAUGGUUUGCACAGGGCCAUUCUAUGAAGGAAUUAGCAUCUGUGCGGGCGACUCUGGUGGCCCGCUGGAGCAGAACCAACAGCUUAUCGGGAUAGUAUCGUUCACGAUGAAUCCUUGUGGCGCUGCGGGAGCACCGUCCAUUUUCACCAGAGUCUCCGCCUACCUGGACUUCAUCAACGAAAAUCUGUAUUUGAUUUACAACAAGAGUAUAAAGAAAAGAAGACCAAAACAUCCAGAAGCAUUCGGAGCUCAUAUUGUAGCAGACACUAGGAUCCGCUGGGUCCCUGGGGAGGCUCCAUUCAUCGUGUCGCUGCAGCUACUGCUGGGCGAACGCCUCUACCACAACUGCGGCGGCAGCAUCAUCACAACCACAGCCGUGCUCACGGCCGCCCACUGCACCUCCGACCUGCAGGUUGUGGCAGUGGCUGGAGCAUACAACAUCAGCAGUAAUUCAAGCACAGAGCAAUACGUCCCGGUAAUAGAACAGAUCCCAUACCCUGAGUACAAUGACACUAGUAGCCUCGUCGGGCCUUACGAUAUCGCCGUCUUCAGGCUGCAGUACGCCCUGACGCUGGACUCUUACGUGCAGGUUAUUGGCUUACCCAGCGCUGAAUCCAUCCCUGAAGGAGGGUCCGACGCAACCCUUUGGGGUUGGGGAUACACGGAGACUGGUCGACCCACUGAGAUAUUACAGACUGUCACCGUCACUAUCUAUGACUAUGGAACUUGCCUGGAAUACCUUCAGUACAUGAAUGUGACAUCGUUUGUGCUCACAGAAGCCAUUUUGUGUACAGGACCUUUCGAUGAAGGCAUUUCCAUGUGUGCGGGCGACGAUGGAGGCCCACUGGAGCAGGACGGAGUGUUGGUCGGAAUCGUCUCCUUCUCGCCGACGUCGUGCUCCACGAGAGGUGGAGCCGCAGUCUACACGAGGGUCUCCGCCUACAUGGACUUCAUCACCGAAAAUAUUUAA